UUUAAACGUUUAAUUUGCUGAGUAACUACAGGGACAGCAUGGACGAUACAGAGCUCGACAGCUUAAUCUUAAAGCUGUACGAUAUCGGAGCGGUCAAGUUCGGUACAUUUAAGCUGAAAAGCGGACUGAUGUCUCCUAUAUAUUUUGAUCUCCGCGUGAUGGUGUCCUACCCGGCAGUGAUGAACCAGGUGUCCAGUCUUCUUUAUAAGCGUGCAGAGGACGCCGGCGCGCGCUUUGACUGCGUGUGCGGGGUUCCUUACACGGCUCUUCCACUGGCGACCAUCAUCUGCUCGACCAAACGCGUCCCCAUGCUGAUUCGACGAAAAGAGGCCAAGGCUUACGGAACAAAGCGCAUGGUUGAGGGUCUGAUUCGUCCAGGCGACAUGUGUCUGAUCGUGGAGGAUGUAGUAACUAGCGGCAGCAGUGUCCUGGAAACCACACAGGUGUUGCAGGGUGAGGGGUUAAAGGUCAGGGACGCGGUGGUGCUGCUGGACCGUGAGCAGGGCGGCAGCGGCCAUCUGGCAGCUGAGGGCAUCGCGCUCCACCCCGUCAUCUCCAUUUCCAAACUCCUGUCGGUGCUGGUGGAAGCGGGCCACGUUGACGCCUCCACCUCUGGCAGCGUGGAGCGCUUCCUCCAAGCAAACCCCGCCUGCCGCCCCAUGCGGCAGGCGGAGGAGAGUCUGGGCUAUGGGGAGCGGGCUGCUUUGCCUGGGACCCACCCGCUGGCCGCACGCCUCUUCACGCUGAUGGAGGAGAAGACCAGCAACUUGUGCGUGUCUGCGGACGUGAGCAGUGCAGACGAGCUGCUGAAGCUGGCCGACGCCGUCGGGCCGCUGGUCUGCGCGUUGAAGACGCACGUGGACGUCCUGUGCGACUUCAGUCCUGCCGUGAGCGUCAGGCUCGGAGAGCUGGCACGCAAACACAACUUCCUCAUCUUCGAGGACCGCAAGUUCGCGGACAUUGGGAACACUGUGAAACACCAGUAUGAAGGUGGCGUGUACAAGAUCUCCUCAUGGGCACACAUCGUUAACGCCCACGCUCUACCCGGCCCUGGCGUGGUGGAGGGCCUGCAGGUCGUCGGGAAGCCGCUCGGUCGCGGCUGCCUCCUCAUCGCCCAGAUGAGCUCUCAGGGUUGCCUAGCAACAGCAGAGUACACGCAGGCUGUGGUGAAAAUGGCCGAGGAUUACCCCGAUUUUGUGUUUGGUUUCAUCAGCACUUCUAAGAUCAGCAGUAAACCAGAACAUGUCCACAUGACUCCUGGGGUGCAGUUACAGAGCGGAGGCUUGUUGUUCCAUUCUUUGCCAGGAGAUGGCCUCGGUCAGCAGUACACCAGCCCAGUCGAGGUCAUUUGUUCCAAAGGCUCUGAUGUCAUCAUCGUUGGACGGGGCAUUCUUGCCAGCCCAGACAGGCUGAAGGCUGCUGAGGAGUACAGAGUGGCAGGGUGGGAGGCGUAUUUGAGACGACUGUCAGCCCCGAGAGAACCACUCCUACCCCCCUCCGUGACCCUAAUCCAGGAAUCCGCGGUUUCCUAUCCUGGAGAGCAGCUCCUCUGCACAAAUGAGUGAAAAAAUGAGUGAUGUAUUCAAAUGGAGUAUUAGUCCAUUUCAGAUGUUCAUUUUGAAUUUAAACGUGCUUCACUGGGCCAGCAGUUAAUGACUGCCUAGUUCUUGAUGGCAAUUUCACCCACUUUUUGUUUCUAAAAUGUCUAAUUUUUUCCAGGUGAACAGGACUUUCUGCAAAUUGUUACUAAAAUGCAUUUUCCCAUGAUUGUUGUACAAUAAAUCAGUAUGGCUUUAUUACAGUAA